ACUUCCCCACGUACCCCACUCCCCCGUUUCACUCCUCUCCCUCGUCACCCCCUCCACGAUCCCAAUCUGGAUCGGGACCCCGCUUCCCCGACGCCGCGCCCGACCCGCCUGCCAUGGAGGCCCCCUGCGCCCGCAGCUUCACCCCCAGCAGGCUGCCGCCUCGCGCCAUCCCCGUCUUCGCUCAUCCUCAACCGCGGCCACGCCUGAAGCCCGUAGUCCCCGCCCCCGCUUCUCCUUCCUCGACCGGCUCCUCCACCGGACUCCGUCGAGCCUGGCCGCCCCCGUUCCCCUACAAACGCCCGUGAGCACGCCGCCUGCUUUCCCCUUCUCUUCCCUUGGGUCGUCGCGGUCCCCGCCGAUCUCGCCCGCGGUUGAAGCGCUCCGGCCGCGUCCGAUGCGCGCUCACCGCGCCACGCCUGCACUCCGCCCCUCGCCAUGCACCCGCAUGCCCUGCGCGUUCACCAUCGCCCCGCUCGCACCCUCACGUGCUGCGGUUGCUGCCUUGCCCUACCUCUGUAAAUUGCUGCUGCUACCGUCGCCUUCCUCGAUGUCCUUCCGGCCGCGCUCGCAGCCCCGCGCGCCGCACACGUUGGCCCCUGGGCCUGCGCGCGUCGACCGCGUCCUUCCCACUCUUAGUGCCAGCUCCGUUAUGCCGGCGCCGGCGCCGCCCCGCUGCCUCUGCUGCCGCUGUGGCCCGCUUCCUGCUUCCACUCACCGCCGCAGCCGGUUGCCUUUCGCCGUAGCCUGCCUCCGGCCGGCAACACCUUGGCCGGGUCCCCCACCCGUAGACACGCCGGCCAACACCCGCAAACCCGCCCCGGAACCUCCCCUGUACCACUGACCACAGAGGGCCCACCCAUAGAAUGUUUUAAUAAAAAAGGAAUUAAAAAAUAAUAAUGAAUAAUAAUUCAUUAAUUAAUUAACUAAUUAAUUAGUGAAUUAUUUAAGUUAAUUAACUCAGUUAGUGAUCUAAUUAAUUAGUUAGUUUAUUUAAACAGUAAUUAAAUUAGUUAAACCCAAAUCUUUCCCUACUAAUAAAGCACGGAGUGCUUCUGCCCGUACGUCGUCGGCACUUUUGCAAAAAAGACCCUCUAUUUCUUAGUAUUCAACCCGCGGUCCUUGUGCUAAAACAACCCGAAGCGUUACGUGAGAUAAAAAAAAUAAAAAGGGGAUCCUGCCUCCUCCGAUCAGAUCUCCACCUCCAUCGCGCCUCGCCCCGCCUCAAGGCGCGUCGCCGUCCACCACCGUGUGCCGCUGGUCGCCGCCGCCCACCCGGCCGGUGCGCCCUACCCCAUGUUCCCCAACACCCGCGGCCUUCCACCGGGGACCGGAGGUUGGCGCCGGCGGGCUCGUGGACGGGGAUGGAGAGGGCUGGUGGCAAUCCGGCGUGACAAGAAAGUUGUUGCGGCGCCGGCCGACCAGCUCCGUCUCCGCGAUUCCAUGGACGGCGGUGACGUCGUCGCGGGGGCGGCCUGCUGGGAGGGCGAGUGGCUGCGCGCGUAGGCCGUGGCGAUGAUGCCGCGGGUCGAGGCGCUUGCCGCCGACCGCGCGCGGCUGGAGGCCGUCAACGCGCUGCAGCACGAGUCCUGGCCCCUGGGAGGCCCGCGACGUUCGCCUCCAGUGGCGCCUCCUCAAGACCGUGUCCUUGUCGAACGAAAUUCACCGUGUCCUUGUCGAACAAAAUUCAAUGGAGUGUCUAGUCCGGAUUGUUGCUUUCUGCUAUAUAAGAGGACGGAAGAGUAGUCGGCCAGAAUCUCCAUCAGAUCAAUUUUGGACGAAAUAUCCAAUGUCUUCGCCAAGUUCGCCGGAGGAAGAAGCGUCGAGUUUGCCGGAGGAACAACAACAUCCGUCGAGCACUCCAAUGUCGCCUGCGGCGGCUACACCAGAGAAAACAGAUGACAUCGCUGAACUGAAGAUUACAGAGGAUUUGGAUAACCGACCUUCAAAAAAAGCAAAAAUUGCGGAAUUAGGUGUUCUGGAGCCAUCACCAAUGUCGCCAACUAUAUCAGCAUCUACACCAAUUUCUGGAUGUUUUGAAUCCAUUGUGCUGGAAUCAGAUAUUCAGAUAGAUCAUGAUCCAUUGCCAUCUCCUCCAUCCCCAUCUAGCUCAACAUUUUCUUCUGUUUUCUCAUUACAUGAUGUCAAGGAACUAGAUUCAAAUAAAGAGAUCAAAGUUGAUGAGACAUAUGAUUAUCUCCCACAAGAAUAUGAAUUAACCGACCAUGAUCUAUGUGCACAUAUAGCAAUAGAAUCAUCUUUAAGUAAAGAAUUGUUGGUUCAGAUAGAUGGAAGUUCUGUGAGACAAAAUCAAUUGAUGUGUCUGCUAGAUAAAAACGAGUGGUUAAAUGAUGAUGUGAUCUAUGCAUAUAUAUGUUGUUUAAAGGACCAAAUUCAUGUACAGAAUGACAAUAAAGUAUAUUUUGAGAGUCCUUUUGUUACCUCACUAUUAAAACGGGAUGGUAACCUCGGCAUACAAGAAGAUAGUUCCUUUAUGACAAAGAUUGUCAAAAAAAAUAUGGAGCAUGACAUGAUAGAACUUCCAAUAAAUACCGGCAACACGCAUUGGUAUUUAGCUAUUGUGAAUACAAAAAAGCGUGAGAUUCAAGUGUUGGACUCAUUGUGCUGGAAGUUUGACCGAGAGGACCUUGCUAUUACGCUACGAGGAGUACAAUUUCAUUUGGAACUUCUUAAAAGUCAGAACUUGAUUAAGGAUGAUUGGAAAGACGUUGAUCUUACUGAAUGGAAGAUCACAGAACAAUUACAAUAUCCAAUUCAAAAAGACAGUACUUAUUGCGGUUUAUUUAUGGUCAAAUUUAUGGAAUAUUUCACCGGAUGUACACUAUCCUGCCCAAUUACACAGGAAAUGAUUACUUCUUUUAGGUUUAAGUUAGCCAGCAUACUAUUAUGUUGGAAAACAAAUACUGCAUCAAUGACUACGAUCGUUGAAGAAAGUGACGAUGACAACAAGGGAGAUCCUGAUGAUGUUCAAAUAUUGGAAAGUGUAGAUGAUAUUAAAAAAACAAAACAAAAAAUCCCAUUAUCUGUUGAAAAUAAAUACAGAUCACUAAUAUCUAUUCUUUCUAAUAUGAGCUUACAUGAGUUAACAGGUGCACUCUGUAACUUCAUUAAAUCAAUCAAAUACACCGAGAUUUUAGAGAAAGUAUGGAUACAAAGUUCAAAGCCGUAUCCAAUUAGCUUGUCUCUCAGAAAGCUACAAGGAAUGCUAAAUGAUGAUUUACCCAUGGACCGAGAUUGCUUUAAUUUGGUCGUACGGAUGAUUAUGUUUGAUGACAUCCAAAUGGCACAAAAAACAAAACAAUUGAUAACGAAGCAUUAUGUUGACAUGAAAUUUUGGAUGACUACCGAUUUUGGACGACACCCAGAAUUUCGCAAAAAGUUAGAUGUGGACCAACUAGCAAAUUCUGUUCGCAGUUGGCCUGGUAUCAAAUAUAAUGUUUCAACAUGCAAAUCGAUUCAUAUUCCAGUACAAUCCAACGGUGAUUUCAUUCUAUUCACAUUGGACAAAGAUACCAGAACAGUCUACAUUUUGGACCCUACUCCUAUUAAUCCCAUGUACCAAUACAACCCACUCGCAAAAUAUGUGGAAAAAAUUAUAUGGAUUGCCAAGCACUUACCGAAAGCAAUGUCAAAAGCAUGCCCUGGAUCUAGAUGGAACGGAAAUAUUCUUCUAUGGCAUCAAAAAAUCCUAGAUGAUAUUCCAGUUUACAACAGGGAAAUGUCCGGUUAUCUUAUUCCCAUGUUCAUGUCCACAUGGGAAGAUGAAAAACCACAUUUGCCAUUUUUAAAGGAUGGAUAUGAACUCAGAAAACUAAUUUUGGGCCAACUGCUAACAUUCAAGGACAAUGAAUGUGAAGAUAACAUGCCCGCCGGUGUACUUGAAUUCAUCAGUUGUAUCAGGAAAAUCCAAUAUAAAACUGGACGUGCGUGCUAUUUCUGAAAAAAGAAGCUUCUCUGUUGGCCAGCAUCCACGGCGGUAGUUUCAUAUAUCCAGCAAAUGAAGGGCGCCUCAUAAUUCAUUGGAUAUAGAGUAGUUGGGUCAAUUACAUAUAGUUGGUUGUAAAUGACUUUCAGUUUCUAGCUUAUAACGAAAUCUAAACAUGUACUCUUUAACAGUAUCAUGUUCAUGAUGGUGGACAUAUGUAUUGGUUGAAAUUAUCAAGUUGAUUACUAGCAGUUGCAGUGCUCUUAUUAUUUUA